AUGGAAAACCGUGCUUACGUUGGCGACUACGAUGUUAACGGAACCUCCCCUGAUUACGGAACCACAAAUAUUGCGAAUUCUCAGAUUCUGGUUACGACACCGGGGACACAACCCACCGAGAGUGGGCGCCCACCAAGAGAAAAGUGGAGUAAAAACAUCGAGUUCCUGCUAUCCUGCGUGGCACUUUCAGUGGGGUUUGGCAACGUAUGGCGCUUCCCGUACACCGCCUACAAGAAUGGAGGUGGUGCGUUCGUGAUACCGUACCUGAUUGUGCUGUUUAUUAUCGGACGACCAAUCUACUAUCUCGAGAUGGUACUGGGCCAGUUCUCCAACCGGGGCUGCGUCAAGGUGUACGAUCUUGCCCCGGCUAUGCGGGGUAUUGGGGUCGGGCAAACCAUCGCCAUAUUCAUAGUUUUAACUUACUACACGUCGGUGUUGGCCAUCACCCUGCGGUACCUGGUCCCUUCAUUUAGUCCGGAGCUACCCUGGAGCAAAUGUGAUCCCGGCUGGACGAACUGUGUCGACUCGGCCCUCAAAGGAAACUUCUCGUUGGGUCCUAACGUAACGCAACCGCAAACAUCAGCCGAACUUUUUUUUAAGAAAACGGUCUUGCACGCCGCUGCGACGCUGGACAACGGUUUGGGGUAUCCAGACUGGAAACUUACGCUUUGUCUCAUCAUAGCCUGGAUUUGUAUUAUAGCUAUACUUAUCAAAGGUAUUAAAAGUUCCGGAAAAGCAUCCUACUUUCUGGCCAUCUUUCCCUACGUCAUCAUCGCCAUACUGUUGGUUCGUUCGUUAACCCUGGAAGGUGCGUGGACGGGAAUCACGUAUCUGUUUCAGCCGCAGUGGGAUAAACUUCUCACGAUAGGAAUCUGGUACGAGGCCGUGACGCAGUGUUUCUUCUCGCUGAGUAUCUGCUUCGGUGCACAGAUUGUAUACUCAUCGUUUAACAAUUUCUCCAACAAUAUUUACAAACACGCCUUGAUUAUCACCUCGCUGGACACGGUCACCUCGCUCAUUGCGGGAUGCGUCGUUUUCGGAGUGAUCGGCCACCUAGCGCACAUUACCGGACAGUCCGACAUGUCCAAGGUGGUCCAGGGUGGCGCCGCUUUGACGUUCAUUACCUACCCGGACACGAUAGCAAAGUUCGACUUCAUACCGCAGUUCUUCUCGGUGCUGUUCUUCUUCAUGCUGUUCCUGCUCGGCAUUGGAACGCUGAUCGGUAUCGUUACCACCGUCAUAACGGCCAUCCACGAUCAGCGACCAGAUAUCACGCGGUGGAAAAUAGUAAUCGGGGUCAGUUUGGCCGGAUUUGCGAUUGGCCUGAUCUACAUCACACCGGGAGGCUUGAUCGUUCUGGACGUGUUGGACUACUAUGGUGUAACGUUGGUGACGCUUACACUCGCCGUAUUUGAGCUGUUCACCUUUGCCUGGAUCUACGGAGUUAACCGUAUUUGCAAAGAUAUCGAGUUCAUGCUUGAUAUCAAAACGGGCAAGUUCUGGCGGAUCUGUUGGGGUGUCUUAACUCCCUCUACUUUGCUUUGCAUCCUCCUAAUCAGUCUCUACCGAUAUAAGGCUCAGGAAGUUUCCUUCGGUUUCAACGCUUUCGGUUGGUGCCUCUACUCGCUGGCAGUGCUCCAGGUGCCAUGUUGGGCCGUCUAUUCCGUUCUAAAAACUGGACAUGGAGAAUUCACAUUCGACAGACUUAAAGCAGUCUUCCAACCCAAGAGCAGCUGGGGGCCGGAGGACCCGAUCACAAGGACCAACUACUCAGAAUAUAUUGAACAGUAUAAACGUCAGUUUUCCGAGCAGCACAGCCCACGAACUAGGCAGCUGAUUAACGUGGUAUUUCACUAGUUGACAAUAAAUCUAUUACUGUUUAGCCUAUUUAGCAUCGAACCAUAACGGUGGUUGCGUGCAUCUUUAUCUUAUCAUCGCAGCGCAAAAGGGCAGCCAAUAACGAG